CACAGGAAAAAUAAGAAAGAACGGUGGAAUUAAGGAAUGGGAGAAGAAGUAUUAAGAGUCAAAGCAGAGUUACUCGAUGACAACGCUCGUUCCAAUUCCGAGCUCACGGAAGAAGUAACGGCUCACGUCAAAGAAGAAGUUGAUGACAGCGUCGUUAACGCCUCCUCCUCUUCGUCAUCGAUCAAGUUGCCAAAACCCAUGGAAGGGUUAAACGAAGUGGGUCCACCACCCUUUCUCAAGAAGACCUUUGAAAUGGUCGAGGACCCUCAUACCGACCCCAUUGUGUCGUGGAGCAAAACUCGCGAUAGUUUCGUCGUUUGGGACUCUCACGAAUUCUCCAAAACCCUUCUCCCCAAGUACUUCAAGCACAGCAAUUUCUCCAGCUUCGUUCGCCAGCUCAACACCUACGGCUUUAGGAAGGUUGAUUCGGACCGUUGGGAGUUUGCAAAUGAAGGAUUCCAGGGAGGGAAGAAGCAUUUGCUGAAGAGCAUAAGGAGGAGGAGUAAGUAUAACAAACUACAUCAGGGAUCACUCACUGUGAUGAAGCCAGGCUUGGAGGCUGAAGUGGAGAAACUGAAGAAGGAUCAGAACAUUUUGAAAGUGGAAAUUCUCAAGCUUAGGCAGCAGCAGGAGAAUUCGCACGUUCAACUCACAAAUGUUCAGGAGCGAAUUCGGUGUGCUGAGUCAAAGCAGUAUCAGAUGAUAUUUUUCCUCACAAGAAUGGCUAGAAGGCCACAGUUUCUUGAACAGUUAAUCCAAAAGAUUAAACGGAAAAGAGAGCUUGAUGGUGCUGACAUGGUUAAGAGACCAAGAUUGCUUGGAACCCCGUGUCAUGUAACCUUCCCAAAGGCCAUGGAGACUGACCCUGAUGUUGAUUAUAGACACCAAAGUCAUAAACAAUUCGCUACAUUGCAAUCCGAGCUCAAUGGACUUGUGGCUGAAACUGCGAACACGAGCAUGAUGGAGCCCCCAACUCCCUCUCCUAUGGAAGAUGGAUUACGCAGCUCAAUGCAAGGAUUAAGGGCCUAUGGUUCUAGAUCAAGUGUACAAGAUGUACCUUCUGUUUCUGCCUAUCAUGUCAUGUCAGAAAAACUAAUGGGGGAAAAUUCUGUUGUUGAUGAAGAACUAGAUGUGAAUGACUCCAAUAUCUAUCUUGAGUUAGAGGAUUUGAUUACUAAGCCAACAGAUUGGGUUGGAUCUGCUAGUGGACUAGUGGGGCAAACUAGUUGAAUCUCAUUAGUGGCUUGUAAUGGUUGGAAGAGCGUGUUUGUGUAUAUUUUCUGCUGCAACACAAGAUGAAGAGCUAAAUAUUACAAGACUCUUCAAUUACCCCCACCUUAAAAAAUACAAGACCCGGAUGCUCGCACCAGUUUUUACGUGAUCAAGCGAGAUUUUUUCAAAUUUCUGUUCAGCCGGGUCCAAAUUGUUGAUAUGCUGUCUAGUCUAGCCCUCUUGUGUUUGAUCUUAAAUUUUGGUUUCCUCUGCUUGUACGAAGUCCUAUGUCGGCAUGGUUAUGGUUAUGGCUGUGCCUCUUGUGAUGUAGUAAUUACUAUGACAGUUGUAAAUUUGUAGUGUGGAAAAUACUUCAUAGUUCAAAGCUUCCCGUGG